GGGCCUGCUGUCUGUUUUCAGUGGAGGGAGAGAUCCGAAGAAAAAUGGCGACUGCAGGCGACCUAAAGCGGGACGCCGGCCAUUCUAUUUGAACUUUCUACUAAAAAUUGAGCCCGGGGCUUGGUUGGGCUAAUUGAGCCUAUUGCAACGUUGGUUAGUGUUUCCGAGGGUGCCCGUGUUCUCGGGUUUGCGUGGACCAGUCGCGCGCUAAAAUUGAAAUUAAAAAUAAUACAUCUACUACAAUGCGAGGGAGAAGAGGAAGGCCUCCCAAACAGGCAGCGGAGAUGCAGGAGGUUUCCCCUGGGCCAGUUCGUGGUUCGAGAGGGAGAGGUAGCCGUGGUAGGGGGAAGGGGCGAGGACGAGGACGUGGCCGCGGACGAGGUACGGUGGUGGAUACCGGCGAUACAGAAAUUAAUCGGAGAGAAAACUACCAUUCGUCCAGGGGCCGGAGGAAAGUUGGAGCAACGACGACAUCGCGGGGCAGAGGAAGAGGCAGGGGUUCGAGAGGUGGUCGCGGCAGCAGGGGGAGACGGCCACUGUGCAAGGUGGUCUACGAUGACAAUAGCGACGAGGAAGAGGAUAAUAUUAGUUUGAGGUCGGAGGAAGACGAACUUUUACACGAGAAUCCCUCCUCAGACUACGAAGAGGAGGCCGUGGACAAUGAGUCCGAUUUUCUGGAAGAAUUACCAGAUGAGGAUGAUGGUAGCUACUGUACGGAGAGCAGCUUUCGGAGCCAUGAUAGCACGCACGGCAGCACUCCAGGUCGGAGGGGCAGACGCCCGCAACGGCCCCGCUCGCCCAUCUUCGAGGCCAAGGAGGUGCCCCCCCUGGAGCUGCCCAAGUCCUCGGAGGACCUGCUGGUGCCGGCCAAUCAGCUCCUCAACAUCUCAGCCGUCUAUGAGGUGCUGCGCAACUUCGGCUCGGUCCUGCGCCUCUCGCCGUUCCGCUUCGAGGACUUCUGCGCAGCGCUGGCGGGCCAGGAGCAGUGCACCCUGCUGGCUGAGACCCACACUGCCCUGCUCAAGGCCAUCCUGCGCGAGGAGGACACGUCCAACACCACGUUCGGUCCUGCCGACCUCAAGGACAGUGUCAACUCCACGCUCUACUUCAUCGACGGCAUGACCUGGCCCGAGAUGGUGCGCGCCUACUGCGAGAGCGACCCAGAGUACCGCCAGGUGCUCCCUUUACUGGAGAGUGAGGAGUACCCUUACGAGCCCCUCGAGAGCAAAAUUAAGGUCCUUCAAUUCCUCGUGGACCAGUUCCUGGCCACCAACCUGGCUAGAGAAGAGUUGAUGUCAGAGGGGGUGGUGGCGUACGACGACCACUGCAGGGUGUGCCACCGGCUCGGGGACCUCCUCUGCUGCGAGACGUGCUCGGCCGUCUACCACCUGGAGUGCGUGAAGCCGCCGCUGGUGGAGGUACCCGAGGACGAGUGGCAGUGUGAGGUGUGCGUGGCGCACAAGGUGCCCGGCGUGGUGGACUGUGUGACAGAGGCGCAGAAGAGCCGGCCAUACAUCCGCCAGCUGCCAAUCGGCUAUGACCGCCACCGCCGCAAGUACUGGUUCCUGGACCGCCGCAUCGUGGUUGAGGAGGACGGCGAGCAGGAGGACAAGACCAUCUGGUACUAUAGCACCAAGGUACAGCUGGCUGAGCUGAUCGACUGCCUGGACAAGGGCUACUGGGAGGCCCACCUGUACGCCACGCUGGAGGAGCUCAGGGACGAGGUGCACACGCACAUGGACAUCACCGAGGAGCUCACCAACAAGGCCCGCGGUGCCAACAAGUGCUUCCUCACCGCCGCCAACGAGGAGAUCCUGGACCGGCUGAGAGCCAAGCAGGUGGAGGAGCUGGAGGAGGUGAAGCGCCGGGCGGCUGAGGAGAGGGAGAAGGCGGAGGCGCAGAAAACUCUCUGGAAGGAGGAGGAGACGGAGGGGGGAGAACCCAAGGAGAAGACUGAUGACCUAGAGAAGAAGGGAGAGGAGGUGGUAGCAGUGGAGGGCAAGGCUGAGAAGGACAAUGACCAGGUGGCCAAGGAGGGGACCACCAUUACAGAGAAGGCAGGAUCUGAUUCUAGCUCUCCUAGUGGAGAGGGGGUCUCAAUCCUAAGCCAGCCACCUCAGCCCGGUGGUGAGGAGAACAGCAACAGCAGCACCAUUGCCAGGGAGUCCCCCAGGGGCCCGGAGGAGCCCGACCUGGCCGACCGGUCCUCUCAGUCCUCUGUCAACAGCCAGGACGACCAGGGGGUGAACGGCGAGGCCGGUGGUAAGCGGUUGGCAGUCACUCCGGGCGGCCGCAUGGUGACCCGCCUGCGUAACCCGGAGAGCAAGCUGAGCCAGCUGAAGAGCAAGAAGGUGGAGGAAGCAGUCCACGAGGCCAACAAGGGCUACAAGGAGGGCAAAGAGGUGCUGGUGGUGACCCCGGCGGGCGACGUGUCGCGCCUCAGCACGCGCAGUCUAACGAGCAAGGAGGUGGUGAUGAAGGGCACACUCAGCCACUUCUUCAAGCUGGGCCAGGAGGGCAAGUACCGUGUCUACCACAACCAGUACAGCGGAAAUACGCUGGCCCUCAACAAGCCCCAGCACCGUGAGGACCUGGACAAGCGGCGACACCUCUCGCACAAGUUUUGCAUGACGCCGGCAGGCGACUUCAAGUGGAACGGCUCCAUCCACGGCUCCAAAGUGCUGACCAUCUCCACGCUGCGCCUCACCAUCAUCCAGCUGGAGACCAACGUGCCCGCACCCUUCAUGCACCCCAACUGGGCUUCACACAGGAACAACUGGAUUAAGGCGGUGCAGAUGUGCAGUAAGGCCAGGGAGUUUGCCCUGGCCAUGGCCAUCUUGGAGUGUGCCAUCAAACCUGUGGCUCUGCUCCCUGUCUGGAAGGACGCGCUGGGACACACCAGGCUACACCGUAUGACGUCCAUGGAGCGGGAGGAGAAGGAGAAGGUGAAGAAGAGGGAGAAGAAGCUGGAGGACGAGGAGACCAUGCAGCAGGCCACCUGGGUCAAGUACACCUUCCCCAUCAAGCACCAGGUGUGGAAGCAGAAGGGAGAGGAGUAUCGUGUGACGGGCUGGGGCGGCUGGAGCUGGAUCAGCAAGACGCAUGUGCACCGCUUCCUGACCAAACUGCCCGGCAACACCAACGCCAACUACCGCGCUGAGCUGGAAGCUGCCAGACGUGGCGAGAAAUGCAACUUGCUGGACUUGGGUCCAAGGCCAAGGUUGUUCAAAACAACUGUCGCUUCAGAACCCCAGGGAUGCAGAAGACCCGUGGAGAAAGAUGGGGGUACUACGCCCACCACCACUACCACCCCAGAGCCCUCAGCAGACCGCCUGUCAGGAGAGAAGACGAAGGAAAUGCCAGAGGAGGGAAAGAAAGAAGAGAGUGAUGAGCCAGCGAAGGUGAAGAUGCAAGACUCCGCUGCUGACAAGAUGGAGGUGGACCCUAGCCUCUCAGACUCAGGACAAGAUGAUGAAAAAGAGACCAGCAGCAGCCCAGGGACCGAGACGGAGACGACGUCCGUGAAGCAGGAGCCUGGCGAGGGGAAAGCAAGGCCCUUUAACUACGACGUGGUGGACGUGGCCCAGGGCUUCCUGACACGCGUGGCCUACAAGAAGAAGGUCAAGGCCUCCAAGCUGGACGGUCUGCUGGAGCGCCGCGUCAAGCAGCACGCCCUGGAGGAGAAGCAGAGGGUUCAGGUCGCCCUGGCCAAGCCUACCCCAGCGAAGACCGCCCUGCCGCAGACCCCACUCCAGCCCCAAACUCCGACCCAGGCCCAGAGUCCCACAGUGAAAUUGGAGUUCAGCACCCCUUCGGUGCCACCUGCGCUUGCUCCAUUGUCAGUCAAAGGGGAGGUGCAGGCGGACCCUUCAAAGACCGCUGAGGGGGUCCCUCACCUAGCCACAGCGACCCCACCCAAAGAGCCUGCAGCUGAAGCAUCCCCACCAACACAAAACCAAAUGACCCCCCAUAAACAGGAGGGAGACCUCCCUGAGAGGACUAUAGGGCCCACAGGGGCCGGUUCAGGGCAGGAGGGCCUUAAAACGCCCAGCAGCACAGCGGAACCGAUGGAAACUCAGAGUUCAGGUGGGAUCCACUACACUGGUGGACCAUCAGAGUCUACCAGCUCCAAGCCCGUUUUCACCGAGGGUGCAGGACCUGAAGUGGCCAUUUUGAAACCCCACUCCACAACGAUACCCCCAAGCACUAUAACCCAGCAGGGCAGCCAGAUUGCAGCUACCGUUCCUAAACCCCCCCAGCAGAGCACAGAGGAGAAUGGGAAGGGGCCCGAGGAGCGGCAGGGCAAUGGACAGAGCAGCACCGAGGCCAUCGCCACUGGGUCCCAGCCCUCCUCUCUACCUCAGAUCAAUGGAAAUGACAGCGUGGAGGCUAAAGCCUUGACCAACUCUUUACCAACUCUAAACGAGCCCUCCAACGCUCUCACUAACAGCUCAGAGGUGAACAGCCUAGGCAAGGUGGAGGGAGAGGGUCAAGUGGUCUCGCCCCUAAAGCCCCUGCUCAACGGCAUUGUGGCCCCUGUAGCCGAGAGGACCGGGCCGGACAGCACGGAACCAAGGCCGGCUCCAAGGUUAGAGGUGGAGAGGAAGGUCACGGUGUCGGAGCAGGACUUCCAGCCCCCGGUGAAGGUGGCCAGGCUGGAAAACAACGUGGAGGCGCUGGGGUCUACGACCACCCAGAGCACCCAGCAGCUCAACAACACCCAGCCCAUGGAGGUUAAGCGCGAUGCUACUACGCCCAACAAAAUGGCCCCCUCGUCGGUGCGCUCUGCAGAGGACUCCAGCCUCAGCAAUGACUUUGCGGAGGAGAGCAGCAACAGUGGGGUGGGAUCCUUCGGUAAGACCAUCCUCACCCAGGUAACCACCACAACAACCACCACCACCACGGUAUCCACGGAGUCUCGGCUAACGGCGGGGGUCUCAAGCUCUUCGGGGACGACAGCCGCGCCCGUAGUCUCAACCACCGAGAGCAGCGCGGUCUCCACGCUCACCACCAUGACCAAAACCACCGUGACCAAAAUGCUGUCACCCACGCCCGACAGCCAAUCAGACGAGAGCCAGAGCGAAACGGUGACCGAGUACAAGACAACGCUCCUCGCCGCCCACAACGAGUCCUCUCGUUCAAACUCCUCCGUUUCGGGGAUUGUGACCUCGUCGACCUCCACCAAGGGCCGCGUUCGCCUCCUCAAGUUCUCGCGCACCAAGAAGACGCGCUCAGGCACCGCCUUGCCAUCCUACCGCAAGUUUGUUACCAAGAGCCAACGUAAGAGCAUCUUUGUCCUGCCCAACGACGACCUGAAGAAGCUGGCAAGGCGGGGGGGCAUCCGUGAGGUGUCCAUCUUCAGCUACAACGCCAAGCCGGCCCAGGACAUCUGGCCCUACCCCUCGCCCAGGCCCACCUAUGGCAUCACAUGGAGGUACCGUCUCCAGACAGUGAAGUCCCUGGCAGGGGUCAGUCUGAUGCUGAGGCUGCUGUGGGCCUGUCUGAGGUGGGACGACAUGGCCGUCAAGCCCUCCGCCGCUGUAGGCACCACGCGCACAGCCCUAUCCCCACUCAUUGCCACAGAGACCUCCGAGACGGAGAUCACCACCACAGAGAUUAUCAAGCGCCGCGACGUGGGGCCCUAUGGCAUCCGCUCGGAAUACUGCAUCCGCAAGAUCAUCUGCCCCCUCGGCGCUCCUGAGACCCCAAAAGAGACCCACACGCCACAGAGGAAAGGCCUGCGCUCCAGCAACCUGCGGCCCAAGAAGCCGGAGCCCAAAAAGGAAACUGGGCCGAUGGUGAUUGAGUCCUGGGUGGCCGAGGAGGAGCUGGACCUCUGGGAGAUCAGGGCCUUCUCUGAGAGGGUUGAGAAGGAGAAAGCCCAGGCGGCGGAACAGGCCAAGAAGCGCCUGGACCAGAAAACGGGCGCUGGCUCUACCACAGUCACCACCACGGGGAGCCCAGCCACCCCCUGCCUCCACCCCCAAGGUAGUGACCCUGUCGGGCCAGGCCACCCCCGGAACCAAAGUGGUACUGGCCACCAAGAUGGGCACCCCCGUGACCUUCCAGCAGAACAAGAACUUCCAGCAGUCGUUUGCUUCCUGGGUCAAGCAGGGGCAGCCCAGUGGAGCCUCGCCGGGUACAGUGGCCACGUCGGCCGGACAGACUUUCCAGAUCACGGGCACGUCCAUGGGGGGCAAGGUGCUCACCGCCAAGCUGCCGCUGCCUGCCAACAGCAAGAUUGUCACUGUCAACGUGCCAACCACUCAAGGAGGUAUGAUUCAGAAGCAGGUGCUGGGCAUCAUUCCCUCAAGCCAAGCUGGCGGCGCCCAGACCUUCGCCUCGUUCCAGCCUCGCACCACAACCAUCAACAUCAGGCCGGGCAUGCCUGGCUCACCACAGCAGGUGCUCACCGCUGGAGGCCAGAUCCGUCCGGGGAUGACCGUGAUCCGCACCCCCAUCCAUCAGACAGGCGCCAUGGGUCAGGCGGGCCAGCAGGUGGUGACCCAGAUCAUCCGCGGGCAGGCAGUGUCCACGGCCAUCUCGGGUGCCAGCCCCGUCACCACUGUAGCCGGGCAGAGGGUGGGCAGUGCCCCCAACACCCCGGGCCAGCCCAACACGGCCCAGACGCCCCAGCAGCGGGCACAGCACAGGGCCAGGGCCAGGUCAAACUCACCCUGGCACAACUCACCCAGCUCACCCAGAAGCAGCAGACCCAGGCAGUAGAGCGGCCGGGCGGCGGGGCCCAGGGCCUGACGGUGAUGAUCCAGGGCCAGGGCAAGGCCACAGGCCAGCUGCAGGUCAUCCCCCAGGGGGUCACGGUCAUCCCCGGGCCCGGUCAGCAGCUCAUGCAGGCGGCCAUGCCCAACGGCCAGGUCCAACGCUUCCUCUUCACCCCCGUGGCCCCCGCCGCUACCCCCACCUCCACAGCCCCCACCAUCCAGGGCCAGACCACCAAGACCCCUGCCCAGCCCGCCCAGCAGGCGGUAGCGCCCAUCCAGGCCGGCGCCGCCCUGGCCACCAGCAUCCCCCCAUCCGCCACCCCCCAGGGCCAACUCCCCUCCCAGACUCAGGCCCACAUGCCCAUCCAAUCCCCCACCCCUCUCCAGGUCAAGUCCCUCAAACACCCCCCCGGCACCCCCACGGGCCGGCCCCAGCAGACCCUCCAGCUCCAGGGCUCUCCCCACCAGCUCAUCACCGUCCCGGGCCUCCAGCAACAGGUCCAGGUCCUGGCUCAGCUCCAGGCCCAACAGGGGACCUCCGGAGGCUCUCUCCCCCAGCAGAUCAAGCUCCAGCUGCCUAUCCAGAUCCAGCAACCCGGGGUCGGUGGAGCCCAGCCUGGAGGUCCGAUCCAGAACGUGGUGACCAUCCAGACGGCCAGCGUGCAGGAGCAGCUCCAGAGGAUCCAGCAGCUGAGGGAGCAGCAGCAGCAGAAGAAGAGGCUGGUGGCCGAGGCCAAGCGGGAGCAGGCGCUGACGGCGGCCAGCCAGAGCGACAUCAUCCAGAAACAGGUGGUGAUGAAGCAGAACGCGGUGAUCGAGCACCUCAAGCAGAAGAAGCCCAUCUCCCCCGCCGAGAGAGAGGAGAACCAGAGGAUGAUUGUGUGCAACCAGGUGAUGAAGUUCAUCCUGGACAAGAUGGACAAGGACGAGAAGCAGGCGGUGAAGAAGAGGAAGAAGGAGGAAGCGGGCGAGCAGAAGAGGACCAAGGCCAACGCCACCAAGUUGUCGUCGCUGCUCUGCCGGCACAAGGAGACGCUCAAGGCCGAGAUCCUCAAGAAGAGAGCCCUGCUGGACAAGGAGCUGCAGCUGGAGACGCAGGACGAGCUGAGGAGGGACCUCGCCAAGCUGCGACGGGACAAGGAAAGGGCCCAGGCCGCCUCCCACCAGGCGGCCGCCGCCGCACACACGCAUCACGCCCAGCACGCCCUCACACACACCUCCCAACUCACCUCGGCGGCCUCCGCCCACAAGCGGAAGCGGGAGGAGGAGAGGGACGCAGCGUCGACGGCUAACGCCAAGAAGAAGAAGAAGAUGAUCUCCACCACUACCUCUAGAGACAGCAAGAAGGAAAUCAGGCUCUACUGUGUCUGCAAAACGCCCUACGACGAGUCCAAGUUCUACAUUGGCUGUGACCUGUGCAGCAACUGGUACCACGGCGAGUGUGUGGGCAUCACAGAGAAGGAGGCCAAGAAGAUGGACGACUACAUCUGCAGCGAGUGCAAGCGGGCCCAGGAGGGCAAGACAGAGGAACUCUACUGCAUCUGCCGAACACCCUACGACGAAGCACAGUUCUACAUCGGCUGCGACCGCUGCCAGAACUGGUACCACGGCCGCUGCGUGGGCAUCCUGCAGAGCGAGGCCAACCACAUCGACCAGUACGUGUGUCCGCAGUGCCAGUCCACGGAGGACGCCAUGACAGUGCUCACGCCGCUCACCGACAAGGAUAACGAGGGGUUAAGGAGAAUCCUGCGCUCCUUACAGGCUCACAAAAUGGCGUGGCCGUUCCUGGAGCCGGUGGACCCGAACGACGCCCCAGACUACUACGGCGUCAUUAAGGAACCAAUGGACCUUUCUACGAUGGAGGACCGGUUGCAGAAGCGCUACUACAUCAAGCUGACGGAGUUUGUGGCGGACAUGACCAAAGUCUUCGACAACUGCCGCUACUACAACCCCAGCGACUCGCCGUUCUACCAGUGCGCCGAGGUCCUCGAGAACUUCUUCGUCCAGAAGCUCAAAGGGUUCAAAGCCAGCAGGUCUCAUAACAACAAACUGCAGUCCACAGCCUCUUAGAAUACACAGUCAGCACCCCUUCUAAAGCUAACUGUCAAAAUGGCUGCCAAUGUGGUUCCCCCUGAACACUCGUACUCCAAUGGGGAAGCCAGGCUGCUUCUUACCUGUCCACACACACACCACACCUGUCGGACUUGGGAGUGGGAGUCACACCCCCUGUUUUAAAAGCAGCACACACUCCUCGAAGAUCGUAGCCGACGCGUGCUUCAGGCCGAACGGCAUUUGUGCCAAACCGGAUGAGCCCUCACCGCUCCUCAACCACCUCUAUGGCUGUGGAAAGAGAAGAGCCUGGCAGUGGAAGGUUCCAUUAUCCAAACCCUUAGUGUUCAUGAUGGGAGAUACCACAUCCCCAACAAACGGGGGGAGGGAGGCUCAGACUUUCAGGUCACAUCCUGGUUACUUACCUUUCAAAGCACUUCCGAUCUGGUGGACGAAAUGGAGGGAUGGAGGGAGAGAACCUCCCUGAAGUCAAUAAGCUAAUUGGCCGUUCGAGGGCAGUACGAAACAAGGCAGCAGUAGACUCUUUUCAAGUUGUUUAUUCUGUAACUAAUCUCACAUCUCUUUUGUAUAAGCUAUUCUUCCUUCCCUGGGGGUCAACUCCCAUUUCGUACUGUGUAUGUCCCAAAUGUUAACCUAUUCCCUAUGUAGUGCACUACCUUUGACCAGAGCCAGAUGGGCCCUGGUUCAAAAGUAGUGCACUAUAAAGGGAAUAGGGUGCCAUUUGGGAUGACAACCACUGACACUUUCUAGCUGUCUCUGCUUCCUCAUCUCACGAUUCCUCAUUCGAAAUGGGUCUAAAUAGCACACACACACCUGUCUGGCUGCUUGUGUUCGGAAGGAGCUGAUCCUGGAUCAUCGUGAACCCACUUGGUGUCACCUUGAAGAUGAAUGUGCCCGGACCUCCAAACAGGCCAUAGAGAGUCCAAGUUACCAUUUCUAUGUAAUGUCUCACUGUGGAAAUGCUAUCCUGUUUGUAAAACCUUGUUUUUUCAGACGUUGAACCUCCGUUUACCUUUCUCUUUAUGUGACCACCUAAGACGGGAAUAUUGGUGUAUAUGAAACAACAACCGACAUUGAGAAAACAAGCUCUGUUUCUCGCCAUGUAGAGGCUUCUCCAACAUUUUUAAUUGAAGACAUUCAUCCGAUGAAAACAAGAAAUGCUCUCCAAGUCCUUCCACAGGAUAAUAGCUGAGGAUGGACUUGGAGAAUGUGAAAACCGUUAAAGGGCAUAUUUAACCUAAGUGUACUGACCAUCCAUACCGCAAUCCCCCCUCUCUCCCCCAAUGUUUUGUGAAGAAGGUUUGAUCACAUGCAUCUCUCAAUUCAUAGGCCCCCUAUGAAGGAUUAAGUCAAAUCAUUUUGAGUUUUCCACUGCAUCAAGUAAACCAUGUUGUGGUCUAGAACAGUAAAUCAGAACGUCAACCUUCGUUGAGGAAUCUUUAUACUAAGUUGGGGUUUGUAUGAAGAAUUUUUUAGGAACUCUUGGGCAUUUUUAUCAUAUUUGGAACUCUUUUCUAAUCUGUAAUAAUUGUGUCGUGGCAGUACUGUUUGUUGAGGGGAGAACAUUUUUGGAGUUGUCACUGGUGCUCUUAGUUAAUAUCUCUUGAAGAUCGACUUAAGAGUAGGGGGGGAAAGCCUUCGGUUUGAAGAGGGGUUGGGGUCAAUUUCGUUUCAAUUUUGGAAGUGAACUUAAAUUCCCAUUUUCAUUGGAAUUUUAGUUUACUUCCUGAAUUUAAAUGACAAUAACCGAAAACCUGGUUUGAAGUGCCAACAACUUUUUCGGAGGUGGACUGAGUUGAGAGAUGAGGUGACCGAAGCCUGUUUGUCAGUCCUAUUCAAUGACCUGUUUGCAUUUCAAACGAUGCACUCCAGUUUCUAUUCUUACAUGCAUCGUCCACCAUUUCUAUUUCAUAUUGUAUAAUAUGGCUGUCAAUAUACAAAGAGAUGUUUAGAGAUUUUUUUAGCAUUAGGACUUUUAUUUUUGACCAUUUUAACCAGCAACUAAGCCUACCUGUACAUUCAAUAGAUAUUCUCUAUCUUUUGUCAAAGUGAACUCUACAUUUAGGUAAAAUUGCCCUUUAUGAUAAAAGUGCUGCAUAUUGUGUGCAUAUUGAUUUAAAACGGGGUGAGGAAUGUUGACUCUUUUUGAAGAGUAAAAAAAAAAAGAACCAACCAGUUCUAUACAUCUCUUAAUAACUUCAUCACUAUCUGAUUUUAUUUAUUCAUAUCGCUGAAAAUAUUUCGUUUUUUUGUAAAUGUAAGAGGAAACAUAACUGGGGGAAAAUACUAUAUGUUUUUAACAGAUUGUGGCAACUCUUAAGAGAUCCUUUUUUGUACUUGAUAGGACAUUUCAUCCUAGAUAAUAAAGUCAUGUUUUUGACAUCAA